AUGAGCUACAACAAUACAUCUACCGGGGGAAUGAAUCCUUUGAGCAAUGACCCUACACAGGGUGGUCAAUAUAAUAGCAACAUCUCCUCAAACAACGGACCCCACUCCUCCAGCAUUGGAAACACACUGGACCCAAGAUUCAACGAGAGCGAACAACCUCGAACGGCAGCGCAUACAACCACAGGUACCACUGGUACUGCUGGCCCUCACUCUUCUAACUUGGCCAACAAGUUGGACCCACGGGUUGACAGCACCACAGGGCAUAGUACUUCCACUGCAAGCUCCGGGGCGAACCUUGGCCCCCAGCACUCGACCGAACAACCUCGCAUGGCGGCACAUACGACCACAGGUACCGCUGGUACUGCUGGCCCUCACUCUUCUAACUUGGCCAACAAGUUGGACCCACGGGUUGACAGCACCACAGGGCAUAGUACUACUACUGCAAGCUCCGGAACAAACCUUGGCCCCCACGACUCUAGCAUUGCCAACAAGCUUGACCCUCGGGUUGAUAGUGAUACGGGCCGAUCAAACCUUGGCGGCAGCACAGCGCAACAACAUGGCACCACGGCUGCAUAUGGAGGAGUCGGCACAAGUGCAGGCCAUACAUCUGGGCCCCACGACUCAAACGUUGCCAACAAACUUGACCCAAGGGUUGAUAGUGACAACAGCGGACGAUCGCACCUUGGAGGCAGAACAACACAUCCUACCACAGGUGCCUAUGGGACAAGCGGUACCACUACCGGUCAUACCGCUGGGCCACACGAUUCAAAAGUAGCAAACAAGGUCGACCCUCGUGUUGACAGCGACACCGGAAGAACUACACACCCUAUUGGCGGUACCUCUCAUGGAAAUAGGCCUCACGAUUCUUCCGUCGGUAAUAAUAGACUUGAUCCUACUGUCGGCGGAACUACCGGGACCCACCAGACGACGGGAACUACCACAGGAACGCACACCGCUCCGCACGGAGUCACGGGAGGUGUCGCAGGGACCACCGACUCUUCCCAAAAGUCGGGCGGGGCAACCGGUGCAUUGAAGAGUGUUGCAGCAGGCAUUCAUGGUAUGGGCGAGAAAAUCCGUGGCGCGACAGGUGCAGUAAUCGACAAGGCGACCAGCGAUGCUGACGGUCUUCGAAAGAACGAGGCGAUCAAAAGACAGGGCGAACAAGAAAUGCGGACCGGCCAGUUCUCGAAGGACACCAAGAGUCGUGAAGGGUUGCAUCACACCCCUGGAGGAGGUAUCUAA